GUCCGGAAGUGCUGUGGCUUUUUUUGUGUGUCCAGCUUGGCUGUUUUAUCCUCACAUUACGGACUCUAGCUGUGAUUGUGACGAGCUCAACAUAAGAAUUAAUAAUUAUUUAGCUCUCACGAGGCGACCGCAUGUAUUUGUGUGACACAGAGGGAACACAGAGGACGUGUCGCGGGUAAAAAGUUUGUAAAUCUAACUUAACUGGCAUGCCGGAUGGCUAACGUUAGCUAGCAUGCUAACAGGCUGAGAAAGCUGCCAGCUGACUGUAGGUUUAUUCCUGUGUACAUAGCAUUUUACAGAUUUAAUUUAAACGGAAGAAUGAAUAGGAGCCAGGAGAAGUCCAGUCAGACUCUUCACCGGACUGCGGUUUAAUUUUAAUAUUGAGGUUACAGUGAUGAUCAGGAUACUGGGAACAUAAAUACUGGAACUGGUCGAGACUGGGUGACUGAAGAUGGAAGAUAAAUACAGUAGCAACGUGCUGUCAGGGGGGAAACUGGGGAUGGUGGAAGUGCCCAACUCUAGGUUAACCAGAUACAUAGUUUUACUGGUUAUCACAAAGGUCCUCAAGGCUCUUGGGAUCUUUGAAUCUUACGAUAUCCUGAAGGUUGUUCACAUCGUCCAGUUCAUCUUCAUACUAAAAUUAGGGAGUGCCGUCGUUCUGCUUUUCUUUCAAAAGCCUUUCUCCUCUGGCAAAGUCAUCUCAAAACGACAGUGGAUAAAGUUACUAAAGCAUGCUGUUUUCAGCUGUGUCAUAUCCCUCCUGGGCUUCUUCGGUCUAACUCUGUGUGGACCUCUGAGGACAUUGUUGCUUUUUGAGCACAGUGAUGUGGUGGUCAUUGCUCUCCUUGGCGUCCUGUUCACAAGCUCAGGAGGGGGGCCGUCCAAGACCAGAGGCGCUGCUCUCUUCAUCAUCGCUGUGAUCUGCCUCCUCCUCUUUGACAAUGACGAUCUCAUGGCAAAGAUGGCGGAGCACCCUGAGGGACAUCAUGACAGCGCGCUCACUCAUUUCCUCUACACAGCCAUCGCGUUCUUAGGGGUUGCAGAUCACAAAGGAGGUGUUGUGCUGCUGGUGGCCUCCCUGUGCCUGAAGGUGGCUUUCCACACGGCCUCCAGGAAACUGUCAGUGGAAAUCGGUGGUGCGAAACGCCUCUAUGCUCUUGACAACCUGGUCUCUGCUAUGGUGCUGCUGCCCUGGGUCAUAGUGCUCUCAGCAACCACAGAAAGUAAAGUAGAGUCAUGGUCGGCCCUCAUCCUACCGUUCGGGAUGGUCAUCUUCUCCGUAAUGAUCCUGGAAUUUUACGUCGAGGCCAUCUGCAACACAAAGAUGGAGACGCAAAGGUGCGCCCGCUACGGUGCCAUCGCUCUCUUCCUCAGCGCCCUGCUGCUGGCCAACUUCUGGACACAUCCACUGACAGACCAGCUGCGCUCCAUGAGCAAACCGCCCCAGCAGGUCAGCACGGAGCAUGUGCUCUCUGGGGGAGUGCUGGUCAGCGCCAUCUUCUUCAUCAUGUCAUCCAGUAUCCUCUCGUCUCCGUCAAAGAAAGGUCAGAAGGGCACCUUGGUGGGUUACUCACCUGAAGGGACCCCUCUGUACAACUUCAUGGGCGACGCCCUGCAGCACACAUCGCAGUCCCUCCCACGGUUCAUCAAAGAUUCUCUGAAACAGAUCCUGGAAGAGUACGACUCCAGGCAGAUCUUCUACUUCCUGUGUCUCAACCUGGCUUUCACCUUUGUGGAGCUGUUUUACGGCGUCUGGACCAACAGUCUGGGACUGAUCUCUGACGGUUUCCACAUGCUCUUUGACUGCUCCGCUUUAGUCCUUGGCUUGUUUGCUGCCCUCAUGACUCGCUGGAAAGCGACCAGGAUCUUCUCCUACGGGUAUGGUCGUGUGGAGAUACUUUCUGGAUUCAUCAAUGGCCUGUUCCUGAUGGUCAUCGCUUUCUUUGUCUUUGUGGAGUCUGUCACACGAGUGUUGGAUCCUCCUAACAUAAACACAGACAUGCUGACUCCGGUGUCUGUCGGAGGCUUACUGGUCAACCUGGUGGGUAUCUGUGCUUUCAGUCACGCUCACUCCCACGGCGGCAAAAGCUGCUCCUCACACGACCACGGUCACUCUCACCAUGGCCACUCCCACAGCGAGCACAGCCACGGAGGCCACGGCCACUCUCAUGGAGGGCACGGGCACGGUGGACACAGUCAUGGCGGGCACAGCGGACACGGGCAUGGUGGACACGGGCACUCCCACGGCUCAGGGGGCGGAGGCAUGAACGCUAACAUGAGAGGUGUUUUCCUCCAUGUCUUAGCGGACACGUUGGGCAGCGUCGGCGUGAUCAUCUCCACCAUCCUCAUCCGUCAAUUCGGCUGGUUAAUCGCCGACCCUAUUUGCUCGCUCUUCAUUGCUACGCUCAUUUUUCUCAGCGUUAUCCCUCUGCUUAAGGACGCCUGCGAGGUUCUGCUCCUACGAAUUCCUCCAGAAAAUGAGAAGGACCUGAACAGUGCUCUGGAGAAGAUCGAGAAGAUUGAAGGAGUGUUGUCGUACAGAGAUCCUCACUUCUGGAGGCAUUCAGCCAACAUGAUCGCAGGGACCAUCCAUCUCCAGAUCAUGCCAGAUGUGGUAGAGCAGAGGAUCAUACAGCAGGUGACGGUCAUUUUGAAAGACGCAGGGGUGAACAAUCUGUCGAUCCAGGUGGAGAAGGAGGCUUACUUCCAGCACAUGUCUGGACUUAGCACAGGAUUUCAGGAAGUUCUGGCAAUGACGCAGCAGAUGGAGUCCAUGAAAUACCUUAAAGACGGGACGUGUAUCAUGUAA